GUACCCCGAAGCUGUGUCCUUGCUCUUCCUUCGCUUGAGAGGGAGAGAGAGAGAGAGAGAGAGGGGAGAGAGAAAGAGAGAAUGACGGAGGAAAGCAGCAUGAAGAAGGGCGGGAUCAUCGUGCCAAAACCUUCCCCAUCGGAUCACCACGGCGGGAAGGAUGAGCGGCGGCAGGCAAAGAUCACCAUCAAGAGCGCCGAUAUGAAGGAGGAGAUGCAGAAGGAGGCCGUUGAUCGUGCCCUAGCCGCAUUCGAGAAGCAUGGCGUCGAGAAGGACGUCGCUGCUUACAUCAAGAAGGAGUUCGACAAAUUGUACGGGCCCACCUGGCAUUGCAUCGUCGGCCGUAAUUUUGGAUCUUACGUCACUCACGAAACAAACCACUUCGUUUACUUCUAUGUGGAUCAAAAAGGGGUCUUACUGUUCAAGUCUGGAUAAACGAAAGAGUUUUUGGCUUUGUGAUGAUGACUAUGGGUGAUGAAGAUGAAGAUGUUCGUAUUGGUGAUGGUGAAGACUAAGAGGACAACGAUGAUUGUGCCUACUCAGAAAUGUAUCAUCCACUGGAUACCUUUGUAAGAUACUUGCAGAAUGUUCCACUCCCUCGUGUAUAUUUCUGAGACUGCAUGUAUGAAUAAUUCUUUCAUCUUUAUCAGUAAAUUAAUCUCUUGUCCUUAA